ACAAACAUUAAACCAUGGAGAAAAACUUAACUUUUAUUAGAAAACAGCUUUUUUCGUUAUAGCUACAACAAUAAUCUUAUUAAUCUAAAUAUUCUUAUAAAUUAUAGUAUUUUACUUAAAAUUACUGCACUAUUAAAAAGAUAUAAAUGGUUUUUUAUUAUCCUUUUGGUUAAAAUUAGUUUUUCCGUGUUUAUAACAAAGAAUGUCUUCUGGUUUAGAAUCAGAGGAUGAAGAAGAGUAUUCUUUGGACGAUGCAAUUGAGCAUAUUGGAUUUGGAUUGUAUCAAAUUCGUCUCAUUAUUGUGAUGGGAUUAUCAUGGAUAGCUGAUGCAAUAGAAAUGACUGCUAUCUCUAUUCUGGCUCCAAUAUUGUUGUGCGAGUGGAAGCUGAAGGAUUACGAGGAAGCUUUGGUAUCUAUUGUUGUAUUUAUUGGUGUUGGAUUUGGAGCAAUGUUUUGGGGAUUUAUUGCAGACCGUUAUGGAAGAUUCAAGAGUUUAUUUACCAGUUCUAUUGUUGAAUUAAUAUUUGGAGUGGCAACAGCGCUUUCUCCUAAUUUUGCAAGUAUUUUGGUUUUGAGAUUUUUUGUUGGUUUUAGUGUUGGUGGAGUUUCUCAAGCAGUAACAAUUACAACAGAAGUAUUACCCAAAAGUAGCAGAGCAAAGUCGACUGUGUUUUUAAUGUUUUUUUGGGCUACAGGCACUACUUUAACAGCUGCAUUAGCUAUUUUUACAGUUUCUUCUAUUGGCUGGCGAUGGUAUUUAGCUCUACUUAAUAUUCCAGUUUUGCUGUUUUUAGUGGCUGCUUUUUUUUGGAUGCCUGAAUCUCCGAGGUAUUUGCUAAUUUCAAAUCGGCACGAAGAAUUGUUUGCAAUGCUUCAAAAAAUGGCAAAAUUGAAUGGAAAAACCUUACCUCCAGGAAGUUUAGUUAAAGAGGAGCAUAGUGUUAAUCAAGGCAAGAUAGUAGAGCUUUUUUUGCCAAAAUGGCGCUGGACGACUGUGAAACUGAUGUUUAUCUGGUUUGUUGCGUCUUUUUCAUACUAUGGAAUAGCUUUAUUGUCAACAGAAAUCCUUCAAACAAACAUUAAUGGGUGUAAUCCGCACUUUAUUUCUAACUCUACAAAGACUGUUUGUGUGAGACUAACCAACAAAGAUUAUGUUGAUUUUAUGUGGACUUGUCUCGCUGAAUUUCCAGGACUAAUAGUAACAAUUUUUUUCUCUGAAUCAUGCAGUCGUAGAAAAGCAAUGGUAAUCUUGCUUGGAGGUUCAGCUUUUAGCUUUUUAUUGUUAUCAAUUUGUUCUUCAAGGACUAUUACAUUAAUAAUUUUAUUUGGUGCACGAGGUCUUUGUUCAGGUGCUUUCCAAAUUGUUUACGUGUAUACUCCUGAGGUAUUUCCAACAAAUGUUCGUGCUGUUGGGUUAGGUUUUUGCAGCAUGUUAUCAAGAGUUGGUGCAGUGAUAACACCAUUUGUAGCCCAGGUACUUAUAUGGAAAUCAUACUUUUGGGUUAUUGGUGCUUAUACAAGUUCUCUCCUUUUUGCCGCCAUAUUUGCGUUUUUGUUAAAUAUUGAAACAAAAGGGAAGUUGCUAUUGAAUUCAACUCUUGAUGAUAUACAGCUAAAUAAAAAAGAAUACACAGAAAUCUCAGAUGAAACCAAAUAUCUUUGUGAGAAAGAAAAUCUUUCUCUAUGAAGAUAGAAACCGUGGAUGUUUAUAAUGACGUAAUCGUGUCGUAUCAGUGAUUUUGUAUGACUCGGCUUUUUUUUAAAAAAAAAUUAGGAUAAAAAUAAUUAGAGAUAUAAAAAUUUUGUUUCUA